AUCUUCACAAUUUUAAAUAUUCUUAAAAUAUUCAUAACAAACUAUGUGCUCGGUGAAACCAAAAUACAUUUCACUGCCAGAGCAGAAUUCUCUGUGCUCGCUUCCGAACUCGGGAUGUUGUCAAGUAGAGGUAAAGAUAGGAAGAUCGAAAUGGGAACAACAAAAGGCGAUUCUGGUCAAAGUGGAUGGUGAGCCGGCUGGAAAAAUCUUCAUUUACUCACAACCUCUGAUUGGCCAAAUGUAUCCCCUUCACGAAUUGAAAAGUAUGGGAGUAAUCUGCGAGAAAGCAGGAGAUUUUUUGGUGAAUUUGGUGACAGAAAGAGGAUUGAAACUCACGUUCAAACCAAUCGGAUCUACUGCAAACUGUUUUGUGACUGCCUUGGUCAGCGGGAAUUUCACAUCAUUGACUCACGAAACUCACAUAAAAACACCGCUUCAAAAUCAAGAAGCAACAACCUCUCCUACUAUAGAAUCAGAUCUGACAGAUAAACCAGAUACAAAUGUGUAUACAGGAUCACGAGAAGGAUACGUUGCACCAUCAGAAAAAGGAUCAAACGAGAAGAAGAAGGAAGUAGUUCCCAAUGGUGGAGAUAAAUCUGUUGAGAAUAAGAAGGGAUCGGACAGAAACGUGAAAAAGACACCUUCAAAAACUGUCACAAAACCUCUAUUGUCUGAGUCACGGAAACGGAAAGAAGCCAAAACAUUAGCUACGACGCAGUCACAAGAUCUACCAGCUCCAACGAAAGAUGAACCAGAGCGUACGAAUUCCGAGCCUGACAAUGGAGAACAAGAAAAGAUUAAAAAGGAGAAAAAGAAGGGAACUGAAACAUCCUUAAAGGAUGGGAAGAACAAGUUGAAUGAGAAGAUCGUGAAGCCAGCUCCAACAACAACUCCAGAUGCAGGUAAUGGCGGAUUGACACCUGGUAAAGAAGACAAUAAGAAGACUGUGACGACAUCUUCAGUUGAGAUUGAAGUUCCUGAAAAGAAGAAGGCCGUAGAGAAUGCAGGGAUUAUCAAGAUUUCUUGAUCUGAACUUUGAUAUUGAUUUUAUUCUUUUUCUCACUAUCAGAAUAAAAUACUUC